CUGGACUCGCAUCGCUGCAGCCCGAGGUCGGGAUCCGCCGCGCUCCUUCAGGCUGUUCUCUUCAGGGGCGGCCCGGCCUGUGGGCCUCAGCCCUGGGCCAGGGAUCAGUUUUUGGUUGUGUCUGUUGUAUAAUGGUUUCCAUGUGGUUGGCAGGGAUAUUCCCCGUCCCCCCUGGAUAGAAUAUGACCUUCUCCACGAACCUGCCUUUGAUAGAUCCUGUCAUGUGUGUGCCAUACCUGACAAUGGCUAAGAACAAACGAAAAGGGCAGAAGUCCAGGAAUGUAUUUCACAUAGCCAGCCAAAAAAACUUUAAGGUUAAGAGUAAAGCAAAACCAGUUACCACUAAGCUUAAGAAGAUGAACAUUAUGAAUGAUGAAAAAGUUAGCAGAAUGAAUAAAGCUUUUGUUGACAUACAGAAGGAGCUCGCUCACUUCUCAAAAGGCCUUUCCCUCGAACCUCUGCAGAAACAGCUGAUUCCUCAGCAGUGUCAUGAAAAUGAACCAGUUAAUGUUGAAGAAGCUACAAGAUUAAUGGCUCAGUUGUAAUGUACUGGCGAUGCAUCAAAUUCCCCCAAAACACCAAUAAAUUAAGUAUUUUAUACA